GUCGUUAAGCGUAAAUAUAAUAACGAGAGCACCACGCCGCACAACGAUCAGUUUGCCUCGUGUGUUCGUACGGACCUCGCUCGCAUAGCGCGCGUCUACACGCAGCGAUCUUUUCUUUUUUUAUUUGGCUUCUAGCCGUUGUAUGGAGCGUGAAAAACCUACAUCAUUGGUGUUAGAGAGGCAACGUGAGGCGCUCUCAAAGGGCGUCUUGGUUGCGAGCGAGCACCGGCGCGACGAUGCCUUGCAGACGACGGGGGCGGAGGCCGAGCCGGCGUCGCCCGCGGUGGGCCGCUGGGGCGCAGAAUGGCCGAGUUGACUCGCUUCGGUCGCGCGGGCCGGGGACUCUGCCCCUGUCCGCGACGUGACCAGACUACCCCUACCGCCAGCGCGGUGGGGCACGCCGCGCAGGGCGCUGGACCUGACGCCGGCGAAGCACGAGGAGCUCGCGACAAAAGCCGAAGCGGCGCUCCGCCGGCUCCUCGUCACCGACAACUAUGACUCCGUCAGCAACCUCGUCUCCCUCUACGAAGCCUUCGACAAAUCCACAGACAAGCUCUACGACAUCUACCAACAGUAUUCCCCACCGAUCAGGGCUAAGAAGCACACUUGCGUAGGCUUAGGAUUUGAGCUGAUCAAGCGUUGGCGCAAAUUAAACAAAGAGUUUCCUGGCUUCGCAGCAGCCACAGCUUUGCUGUCAUGCGAGGAAGCGGUAGUUGAUGUGAGAGAAUAUGUGACGUGUGGGGAGAGCCCCACGGCAGUGCUCGAAGCGGAGAAGGAGCAUGUGAUGGUCGGAAUCCAGAUCAAGAUAGACGGGCGACCGGGACUGAUGCUCGCGGACCCGGGUUACCACGUGCCCAGGAUCGUUACUGUCAUGGCGGACCGGGCUUAUCCUCACACUGGUUGGUUCACCCAGUCGGACGAGCCGCACUGCCGCAAGGAGUACAACUACGUGCUGAACCCUCAGAACAGCAACUACGUGGAGUGGCAGGAGCGAGAGACGCGCGGGGCGGUCGUCAAGUGUCAGACGUCGCUAGUAUAUGCCGCCAGGCCUUACCUGGACGGCGUCAACGUCACCGAGCGGAGGAACCUCGUCUACAACUUCAGGAGUCUCCUGUCCCGCGACCAGAAGGGCCAUCUCAUAGCCGGCCUGUACUUCCCAGUGGGGGGGAGAGGGAAAGACGCUCAGUUCACACUCUUCUUCGACAACGGCACAGAGAAAAGGAAGACCAAAUACAAAUUCAGCAUGUUCUUGGAGCCUGACAAUAUACCAGAACCUAUACGCGAAGAAAUAGACCUUUGCAACGCUCAAAUGAACUACAACGAAGGUGAACUACGCGGCAUCAUCUGCAAACUGGCGAAAGUACUCUCCAACCAGGACUUCAUAGACCAGAUGCUCGAAAUCAACGAUGACAUCUGCCGCCUUAGUCUCUGACAGUGGCCACGAAAUGGCGUCCAAGACAAAAUGGCCGACAAGGCGGACGCCGGCAGAUUGCUAAUCAAAACUGCACCUUAAAUAUUCUUCAUUAACCUAGUUUAUAUAUUACGUGCUAUUGCGUUAAUUCAGUAAUGUGUUAUUUUGGGUAUGGGAUUUUUUGUUAAAUAAAUUCUUAUGAAUCUUGUAUAGUUGGUAACGUAAAAUCUUGAACUAUGGUAAAUACAUUUUUGAAUAAACAAACGAACAGUUUUACCCGCUCAAAGCUAACGGAUAGCUAACGGAUGAAUCAAAGUAGAGACAACUCAUAAGACUACAAUGAUCUAAUUUCAAAUAUUUUAAACUUUAAUUACAUACGGAACGGAACUUGCGGGUUUUAUCGGCACAUCUAAAGAUUUACCUUAGUUCUGAUUUUACAUUAAAUUAGUAAUUAUAAGCUUAUUUUUUAUUAAUUGACAAUUUAUUAUAAAUUUGUGGUUUAUGGGAUUUAUAAUUUAUUUACUGAAUUUACUUUAAUCAAUAUACAUAUUAUUUAGCAAA